AUGUUUCUGUGCAGUUUUGAUCUCUUGCACAUCAUCCUUCAGCCCCUUGAGUCUCCGUUUUGGCGAAACAAGGGAGAUGCAAUGGCCGAACCUGAGUGUUGCCAACAUGAACUCAAGCAACCAAUCCCGCAAAGAAACGGCACAGAAAAGGCCAAGCGCAUUACUCAAUGGGAUCCCUGUAUUCAUAACCAACCCAAUGCACCAGUAUGCAGGCAUGCUGCAUCUCUGUCUCGCAGAAAAGACAUGGAGCUUCAUGACUGUUCUACCAAUGAUACAGAAGAUGAAGUUGAUAUUGGAAACUUCGCGUCAUCGGAACUCAAACUGCUUCAGAAUGAUGAUUUCCAGCUCCAGCGACUUAAGGCCAAGAAGCAUGUACUUGCAAUAUUGAAGGACUGGAAAGAGAAGAUGGAGUCCAUCACGCCACCAGAGAAUGAAGUGCACUCUCAAAAACGCUUCACAAUAUCGCCUGGACACCAGAUGGAGCAUGGACAAAUAUAUGAUGAGUAUGAUAUCAGCGACGAUGAUCUCGUUGUGAUAUCCCGUCCUAAGCGCCGCUCCAGAGAUAACCUUCGUCUUGCCUGCCCUUUCUAUGUUUAUGAUCCUGAGAAGUGUCAUCAAUGUCUGUUCACGAGCGACCUUCGAAACAUUUCGGAUGUGAUUGAGCAUUUGUUCCAAUCCCAUUCUCGUCCAUGCUACUGUUUAAACUGUUACGGAAUAUUCGACACACAGAUUUGUCGCGACAAUCAUGUUUUGAAUGAGACAUGCCGACGGCGUGCUCCGGGUCCAUUGUUUGGAUUAUCCGAAUGCCAGAAAUCGAUUCUACUCGAGACAGAGACGCAUUUCACUGAUGAAAUAUCACAAUGGCUUUUCAUUUGGUCCAUCGUGUUUCCAGAGUCUUGCGAACCGCGCCUCCCAUACCUUGAGCAGGGUACUGGGUAA